AUGCCCUCCGACCCGGCGGCGGCGGCGGCGACAGAGCCAACACCCUCCUCAAUCCUCAUCAUCGGCUCCGGCGUCUUCGGCCUGACCACAGCCUACGAGCUCGCCCAGCGCCCCCGCUACGCCUCAACAAAGAUCACCGUCCUGGACCGCUCCCCGGUUCCCGGCCCCAGCGAGGACGCCGCCUCCGUCGACUCCUCCCGCAUCAUCCGCGCAGACUACGCCGACCCGGCCUACGCGACCCUCGCCGCCGAGGCCCAGACCGAAUGGCGUAAAACAUCCCAUCCCUCUGACCUCGGCGCGGAGGGCCGCUAUAGCCAGUCCGGCCUUUGCCUCGUCGCCGACCCCGUGCCCAUCGCCUCGACUGCCUACCUGUCCUCUGCGACAGCAGCAAAGACCAACGCCGAUGCCAAGCAAAAGGCCAAAAAGACCUCCCUCGAAUACGUCCGCGAAAGCUACAACAACGUCGUCUCCCUGGCAGGCAAGGAUGGCGACAAGAUCAUCAAGGAGCUGCCCACGCCCACAGCCAUCAAGGAGUACCUAGGCACGCCAGAGGCCCCCGGUUCAUGGGGCUACAUCAACCCUCUCGCAGGCUGGGCCGAUGCCGGCGCCUCAAUGUCCUACCUCGCGCGUAAAGUCCAGGCUCUCAACCGCGUGACCUUCCUCUCCGGCGUCGCAACCCGACUAAACUACACGCCUGAUAAGUCCACAGUAACAGGCGUGACGCUCCAGGACGGCUCCGUCCUCUUGGCCGACCUCGUCGUCGUCGCCGCCGGCGCGUGGACCGGCGCCCUCGUUGACUUGUCCGGUCAGGCCAUCGCCACGGGCCAGGCCGUCGGCUACAUCGACAUCACCCCCGCCGAGCUCGAAGUCCUCCGUAAGAUGCCCGUGACCCUCAACUUCAGCACCGGCCUCUUCAUGAUUCCCCCCUCGGGCUUGCAGCUCAAGGUCGCCCGCCACGCCUUCGGCUACCUCAACCCAACCGCCAUCCCUCAUCCGUCCCCCUCGACCCCGUCCUCCGCGGAAUCAACAGUCUCCCUGCCCGCAACCCACCUCACCGACCCCAAACUCAAGUUCCCCGCCGAGGGCGUCGCCGCCCUCCGCAAGGCCGUCCGCACCAUCGUCCCCAUCCCCGCCAUCCACGACCGCCCCUUCGUCCAGACCCGCCUAUGCUGGUACACCGACACCCAGACGGGCGACUUCCUCAUCUGCCACCACCCAGAAGUCCAAAACCUCUUCGUCGCGACGGGCGGCAGCGGCCACGGCUUCAAGUUUUUGCCCGUGCUCGGUCGUGAAAUCGUCAACGUGCUCGAGGGCCGCGGUGACGAGGUGUUUACCGAAAAGUGGCGGUGGAGGGAGGUCAAGAGCAAGGCGGACGUGACCGAUUUGUACGAGCACAUCAUGACUGAAGACGGAAGCCGAGGGGGCAUCCCUGGUCUUUUGCUAAAGCAAGAGCAAGCCAAGCUGUAG